GCUGUCAUUGUUACAUUGGAUUGUCAACGUGCUCGGCUCUCUUUCCUUCUCUUUCUGUCUUAACACGCUAAAAUUGCGCGGGCUCUCUGCAAGCGGUAGACUAAUUCUUCUGAUGUCUGGCUGGAGUAUUUAACUGCUGAUAACAUGAGAGGAGUUGACAACAUUCUUCAUUUUCUUCAGUUUGAUUGAUCAACCGCCGGUGGUUCUGAGCAUGUCUCCGAAAUCUGCAAAUCUUCUUGCAAACCAAAGUGGCGAGGGUGCACCGAUUGCACCAGAUGGUUGGCGAUGGCGGGCUGGAAAUAGGAAACAAGACAUGUAUUUCACAGCACCCAGUGGUGAGGUAUUUCGAUCCAGGUGCAAAUUGAAAGAGCAUCUUAAAGCUAUGGAGAAUCCUCCAUCACAAGAUGCCUUUUGUUGGUCCAUCACCGAGGAAGUGUUACAGCACCCCGCGAUGCAAUUUGCAGUACCAGAAUCCGCAACAAGGCAACCAGAUCCAGAACCUGAAGUAAGACAACCAGAUACAGCAUUAAAAGCAGCUUCUGGAUCGUCUUCUGCAACAAUCAAAUCAAGAUCUAGGAGAAAAUCUAAAGCUAAACGCUCACCAUUGAUGUGAGGUGGUUUUACCUUGGAUAUAUCAAAUUUCCAAGGUAAAAAAAUACAAAUCGAAAAUUAUGUUUUUUAUACAUUGAGACUUAAACAUGCUUUUACUUUACAUAAC